AUGACGCUGCUGUGGUCGGCGGUACAGUGGCUCUCAUGGCUUGCGCUGCACCUCGUGGCGCUGUCGCUGCAGCUCGCUCCGUUGGCUGCGUCCCUCACGACCGUGACUGCCAUCGUGCUGGUGUCGGCCAUGACGGCGCAGGCGCUGGAGCACGGCGUGCUGGCGUCCAUGCACCGCUCCAAGUGGCACAAGGCGAGCAGCUACGACGACCUACGGCGCGACUUCUACCGCGGCUACUGGCUGCUCACUCUGCUCUACGUGGCGGGGUCGGCGCUGUGGAUCUACUUCACGGAGAGGACGGGCGCCAGGGUCGUGUACGGCGCAGUGUUCUGCGCGCUGUGGUGGGGCGUCCAGUUGGCGCUGGUCGUGGCGCUCACGCCCCUCGACGAAGUGCUCAACAAGAUCAAGGCGGCGAUCAAGUGGUGA